UUACCUUACCUUACCUUACAGGCGCUGCAGCUCUGCCCGGAGGACAAGACGGCCCUGGUGGCGCGCAGCAAGUGCUACCUGCUGCUGGGACAGCCGCGACUCGCGCUUCAGGACGCGGAGAACGCCCUGGGCCCGGACCGCAGCAACGUGCGAGCCAUCUUCCAGAAGGCCGAGGCGCUGUACCACAUGGGCGACUUCGAGCACAGCCUCAUGUACUACCACCGUGGGCUGCGCCUUAGGCCCGAGCUGGCCGUGUUCCGGCUGGGUGUGCAGAAGGCGCAGGAAGCCAUCGAGAACACCAUCGGAAAACUUUCUUUCAGCGGGCAUCGAGGAAAGUUGCAAAAUAAUGGAGGCAAUGGAGCAAGCCAGAUCUGGCCGGUCAGGUACUCUGUUCAGAAACACACGCAUGAUUUGACGAGGCACUUCAUUCUAAAACAGCAGUUGCCUUUGCAUCAACACACACGAAAUAUGACUACUAAAGUAGAAAAAUAA